AAUCGUCUGGAACCCUAACCCCAAAGAAUUGCACUUUUCAAGUGAAAUCAAAGAUGGAUAUUGUUCCACGGGCGCCGGCGAAAGAGAUAUUCCUUCUAAUUCAUCGUUUGGAACUUUCCGGUUCGACGGAAGCUAAAACCUACUGUAAAGCGAUGAUAUUUAAGACUGAUGGCCUUCGCAGGGUGAAGUCGGAACAGCUGUUGAGGGACGUGAAGUUGAGGAAAGUCUACAAGCAUCUACUGGAGGAGGCUGAGGGGUGGAGGAAGAAGGUGGAAGAAAUCGAGGAAGGGUUCAAAGAACUCAAAAUGGAAUCAUGGCGCCAUUCAUUACGAGACAAACUAUAUUUCAAUGGGCUGCCAUCUGAAUGGCAAACAGAUCCCAUUAAAAAAAACACAAUCCUGUGCACAAUCACGAACACAGAGAGCAGAAGUCUUCCAUAUUUAGAUGAUCCGAAUGAUGAUGCUGAUGAUGAUACUGAGGAUGAGAAAGUAGACGAAAAUGAGUUUGACGAUGAGGAUGAGUUUGAGGAUGCGGAUGAUAGGGAUGAGGACGAGUUUGAGGAUGAGAAUGAUAGGGAUGAGGACGAGUUUCAGGAUGAGGAAGAUAGGGAUGAGGACGAGUUUCAGGAUGAGAAUGACUUGAAGUAUCAAAUAAAGUAUUUGAGUGAGAGGAUUAUUUGGAUGAAGUUGGAGGUGAAAUAUCUGGAACCUUACCUCCGAUCCACCCAAGAGAGGUAUGCACGUCAAGCUAAGAUCCCAUAUUACAAAGUGAUUCAUGUUGGACAUCCUACAGAGGAACACGUGCGGUAUCAUCAGAGGUGGAACCCAAAAGCCUACAAGACCUUUUGUGGGGCACCCGGAAUUAUUGAAAAGUUCAAAGCCUUUAGUGAAAAGUACAGGGCAAGUACAAAGAACCUUGAAAGUAAAAUGAUUCAAAGAGUGGGAAUAGAGGGUGUCACUGCCGUGAAUUCAAGUAGCUUUGGAGCAAUGGGAACCCCAUUUGAGCGAGCAAGGGAAUUAAAGAGAAAGAGAGAGGAAGAACUGGAUGGAGCCCAGCAAGAACUCAGCGAGAACUAUUUUGUGAAGGAAGCUGAAGCGGAAGUCACAGCUCAAGCUGAAGCCGAAGCUACAGCUCAAGCUGAAGCCGAAGCUACAGAUCCAGCUGAAGCCGAAGCUACAGCUCCAGCUGAAGCCGAAGCCACAGCUCAAGCUGCAGCUAAAGUAGCUGCAGCUAAAGUAGCUAAAGCUGAAGCUAAAGCUGAAGCUAAAGCUGAAGCUAAAGCUGAAGCUAAAGCUGAAGCUAAAGCUGAAGCUAAAGCUGAAGCUAAAGCUGAAGCUAAAGCUAAAGCAAAAGCUACAGCUAAUGCUGCAGCUCGAGCUGCAGCUCUAGCUAAAGCUUUAGCUCGAGCUGCAGCUCUAGCUCAAGCUGCAGCUCAAGGUGCAGCUCUAGCUGAAGCUCUACGUGUAGAAGAAGCUCUAAGUGUAGAAGCAGCUGUACUUGAAGCUCUGUAGCUUGAGCUGCAGCUGCAGAUCGAGCUUCAACUGCAGCUUGUGCUGUGGCCGUUGCUAGUCUCGAAUUCAAGGAAAAGGAAAAAGAAGCUGAACUUGAACUAACAAUUGAGGGGGCUAGAGGAGGGGUAUAGCUAUACCAAGCUCAAGCCUGAUCACUUGAUACUUGAAUUUAUACCUUUUGUAUAUGUGAUUAUUAGUUUGCAGAUGCAAGAUGCCUGCGUGCUCCCUGAGAACAAUUUCAUUGCCCCCUGCGUAGGCCAAUAAUUUGAUAUGGCUGAUAUUUUUUCCUUUGUAUCCAUCGGAUACUGAAUCUUGGAUUUUUGGUGCUGAUGGCAGUAUGUUUUUAUUUG